UGCAUUGACUGUAUUCGGCAUUUAUCGCUAAACGCACUGGAGAAAUUUGAUACCGCGAUGGAAAUGAAAUACCAAAUUCUGAUCUUUGUUGUAGCGCUGUCUUUUGGAAGCGCCUUCUCACAGUCAUGCUUUCGUUGUGCGUCUAUUUCUUGGAACAACGAAGAUGUCGACUUACCCACCUCAGAGUCAGGGUACCCAUCUUGCGAUGAUGGCAACCUCCAAGUAGUGGACUGUUCAUCUCAGGGCGGCUGUCUUAAAGUCGAUUACAGCUUUGAGUUCAACAUUGCCCUUGUUGGAUCUGUGUCGUCCGAGACGGUUAUCCGGGACUGUGGCGCGAAUUUGAACGCUUGUGAGAGAGCCACCGAAGAACAACUAAACGCCCAGCGAGGAAUAAUCAACUCCGGGCUGCCUGCCGGUGUUGAAUUCGUCUCUGGUAGUGGAAAUGCUUGCCUUUGCAGCGGUAAUCUCUGCAACGGCGCGCCCGGGUUGAGUAUCAGCAUCACCGCUCUCUUGGCGUCCCUCCUUGUAUCUUACAUUGUCAUUAAAUGGUAAAGCUUUACCCAGGGGGUGUUUCACAAAACGCGCUUUAAUUUCACUGCAUGUCAAUGAAUGAAUUACACGUUAAAAACCUUUGAACUUACGUUGGCGUUUAUGAUAUAUAUAUAUAUGUAUGUACACA